CAGUAGGGUUGCAGCAGAUAAACGCCACCACUCUCUCUCUAUCUCUCUCUCUCUCUCUCAUCGCAGCCCUUUCAUUUAUUCAUAUUCAUAAGAGCCUUGGCACACACACAGACACCUACCCUUCGACUCUCUCUCUUUCUUCCACUUCACCUUCUCUCUCUCUCUCUCUCUCUGCAACAAUGGGUGCCUCGCUGCCUCCCAAAGAGGCCAACCUCUUCAAGCUCAUCGUCAAAUCUUAUGAAACUAAACAGUAUAAGAAGGGGCUGAAGGCAGCAGAUGCUAUAUUGAAAAAGUUUCCUGAACAUGGAGAAACUUUAUCAAUGAAGGGGUUGACAUUAAAUUGCAUGGACCGUAAAUCUGAAGCUUAUGAUCUUGUCCGUCUAGGACUAAAGAAUGACCUUAAAAGUCAUGUUUGCUGGCAUGUUUAUGGCCUUCUUUACCGGUCAGACAGAGAAUAUAGGGAGGCAAUCAAAUGCUAUAGAAAUGCGCUGAGGAUAGAUCCAGAUAAUAUUGAAAUAUUACGGGACCUGUCACUAUUACAAGCUCAAAUGCGGGAUUUGACUGGUUUUGUUGAGACAAGACAACAACUUCUCACACUCAAACCAAACCAUCGUAUGAAUUGGAUUGGCUUUGCUGUUGCUCAUCAUCUAAACUCAAAUGCUUUAAAAGCUGUUGAAAUUCUAGAAGCGUAUGAGGGAACACUAGAAGAUGAUUAUCCUCCUGAUAAUGAACGUUGUGAACAUGGGGAAAUGCUCUUAUACAAGAUAUCAUUGUUAGAGGAAUGUGGUUCUAUUGAGCGAGCAGUUGAGGAGUUGCAGAAGAAAGAGUUAAAAAUAGUUGAUAAAUUGGCUUAUAAAGAACAAGAAGUUUCUCUGUUGGUAAAGCUUGGUCGCUUUGAAGAAGCUGCGACACUGUAUAGGGCAUUACUGUCCAUGAAUCCUGACAAUUACAGAUAUUAUGAAGGCCUGCAAAAAUGUGUAGGGCUCUAUUCAGAAAAUGCCCAAUAUUCUCCUGAUCAAAUUGAACAGUUAGAUGACUUGUACAAAUCACUCAGGCAGCAAUACAGUUGGUCAUCUGCUGUCAAGAGAAUACCACUUGAUUUUCUACAUGGUGAUAAAUUUCGAGCAGCAGCAGACAAUUAUAUUAGGCCUCUUCUUACCAAGGGAGUUCCUUCAUUAUUCUCCGAUCUUUCUCCCUUGUAUGAUCACCCUGGAAAGGCGGACAUUCUGGAGCAACUUAUUGUUGAGUUGGAAAAUUCAAUUAGGACAACUGGUUGUUACCCUGGGAGAGCAGAAAAAGAGCCUCCUUCAACGCUUAUGUGGACUUUGUUCUUAUUGGCACAGCAUUAUGACAGACGAGGACAGUAUGACAUUGCUCUCUCUAAAAUUGAUGAGGCCACUGAUCACACUCCAACUGUUAUUGAUCUAUAUUCUGCCAAGAGCCGGAUUUUAAAGCAUUCUGGUGAUUUGGCUGCCGCAGCUGCAUUGGCUGACGAAGCUAGGUGUAUGGAUCUUGCAGAUCGCUACAUAAACAGUGAAUGUGUCAAGCGUAUGCUGCAGGCCGAUCAGGUGGCUUUAGCAGAAAAGACUGCUGUAUUGUUCACUAAAGACGGAGAUCAGCACAACAACCUUCAUGACAUGCAGUGCAUGUGGUAUGAGCUUGCUUCUGGUGAAAGUUACUUCCGACAAGGUGAUCUAGGUCGGUCUUUGAAGAAAUUUUUAGCUGUGGAGAAGCACUAUGCUGAUAUUACAGAAGACCAAUUUGACUUCCACUCUUACUGCCUGAGGAAAAUGACCCUACGUACUUAUGUGGAAAUGCUUAAAUUUCAGGAUCGGUUGCAUUCGCAUGCAUAUUUUCACAAAGCAGCAGCUGGUGCAAUCAGAUGCUAUAUAAAGUUGUAUGAUUCACCUCCGAAAUCUACAGCAGAAGAAGAUGAUGAUCUAUCCAAGUUGCCUCCUUCUCAGAAAAAGAAAAUGAGACAAAAACAGAGAAAGGCAGAAGCUCGGGCUAAGAAAGAGGCUGAAGGAAAAAAUGAAGAAUCCAAUGCUAGCGGCGUUUCUAAGACGGGGAAACGAAAUGUCAAACCUGUGGAUCCAGAUCCCCAUGGGGAAAAGCUAUUGCAGAUUGAAGAUCCACUAUCAGAAACUACAAAGUACUUGAAGUUGCUUCAGAAAAACUCGCCUGAUUCUAUGGAGACACAUUUGCUUUCUUUUGAAGUAAAUAUGAGAAGACAGAAGAUUUUGCUUGCCUUUCAGGCCGUAAAGCAGCUACUAAGGUUGAAUGCUGAACACCCAGAUUCACAUCGCUGCUUGAUCAAAUUCUUUCAUAAAGUGGACUCGAUGGCUGCUCCUGUUACUGAUGCUGAGAAACUAAUUUGGAGUGUCCUGGAAGCAGAGCGACCCACAAUAAGUCAAUUGAAUGAGAAAUCACUGAUUGAGGCAAACAAGAUUUACUUAGAGAAACAUCAAGAUUCCUUGAUGCAUAGAGCUGCAGCUGCAGAAAUGCUUUAUGCUUUGCAACCUGACAAAAAACCUGAGGCUGUUAAGUUAAUCGAAGAGUCAACAAAUAACCCGGUGCCAACAAAUGGAGCACUUGGGCCAGUCAGGGAAUGGAAACUCAAAGAUUGCAUUACAGUUCACAAACUCCUUGGAACCGUUCUUGUUGAUCAUGUUGCUAGUUUAAGAUGGAAAGAGCGUUGUGCCGAGUACUUUCCCUACUCAACAUACUUUGGGGGUAUCCACAGCUCUGCCACAGCCAACUCUGCAUACAACCAGAAAAGUGAGAACGCUGUAAAUGGUAGCAUGAAUCAUUCAAGUGUACAAAAUGCAGAUUCCCUGGCAUCAAAUGGAAAACUUGAGUCAUUUAAAGAGCUUACCAUCUGAACAGAGAUGAUUCAAUCUUUAGCGAAAUCAUUCGAAACUUGAUUGUGUCUGAAUGGUGUAUCAGAAGCAAGGUACAGCUCAGAAGGAUUUGUGCAGAGAAGAGUCGGUUGCAGGUCAUCUGAAGAGGGCUGCGAGUUAUGGUGAUUCCAUUUAUUGGUUUGCUGGAAAAAAAUCAGGUUUUCUUAUCUCACCAGCUCUACCUCGCCAUUGUGAAAUGAAUUCCUUUUGCAAAUGUGUAUAAUCAACUUUUCGUCAUGUUUUUAGAGUUGAAUUAUUUUUUAUUUGCUCACUUUAAUGUGAGGUCUUAGAUGAGGUUACUCAUUGGGGUUUGCUCCUAAAUUUGAGUUUACUUACUAGGUCAAUGGAAGAGCUACAGAAUUUUCGUGUUUUUUUUUUUUUUUAAAUUUUCUAGUACUGGUCCUAGAUCCGGUUGGCAUAGAGAUCCGGAGCAUGUUGUACUUCUCCCAUUUAAUUGACUUAAUUGUUAUGUAUAAAACUGAAUUAUGUGAAAAAUUUUGCUAGGAAUUCAUACAGCAGCCAAUAUAUAUUGGAUUUGGAGCAA